AUUGCAGACAAGAGAGAUUGUGAUAUAGAAUGUUUUAUCAAUAAUCUUACCAUUGCUAUAUUUCUUUAGCAGAUUAGUUACAGACAUUAUAGUUAGAAUCUAUUUGAUAAUUUAAAAUGUAAAUAUAUAUUAAUUAUUAGUUUCUCAUUUACGUUUGUUUUGAUAUAUCAAGAUUAUGUCAAGUCAGACAUUUUAACCUAUUUGGUAUUCACGUAUCAUGAAGAACCUCUUUAACAUGAAGUGUUUUUGUUGACAAAUAAUUUUUUAAUUAAGGAAAAUUCGCAAAUAUGAGUAAUAUUUAUAUACAGGAACCACCCACUACGGGUAAAGUGAUGAUGAAAACAACUGUUGGUGACAUUGAUUUGGAAUUAUGGGCUAAAGAGACUCCAAAAGCAUGUAGAAAUUUCAUACAAUUAUGUAUGGAAGGCUAUUAUGAUAACACCAUAUUUCAUAGAAUUAUUAAAGGAUUCAUAGCACAAGGUGGUGACCCAACAGGUACAGGAGAAGGUGGUGAAAGCAUAUAUGAGCAACCAUUCAAAGAUGAAUUUCACACAAGAUUAAGGUUUUGUCGACGAGGUUUAAUUGCUAUGGCCAAUGCUGGAAAAGAUGAUAAUGGUUCUCAAUUCUUUUUUACUCUUGGUUCGACGCCAGAGUUACAAAAUAAACAUACAAUCUUUGGUAAAGUUACUGGGGAAACUAUAUACAAUAUGCUCAAACUUGAAGAAGCACUUGUAGAUAAGGAUGAUAGGCCAUUGUAUCCUCCAAAAAUUAUAAAAACAGAAAUAUUGAACAAUCCAUUUCCUGAUAUUAUACCAAGAACAGUAUCAAAGGAAAAUGAAGAAAUAAAGGAUAAUUCAAAAACUAAAAAUGCAGGAGUGAAAAAUUUUAAUCUUUUAUCGUUUGGUGAAGAAGCAGAGGAAGAUGAAGAAGAAUCUGUGAUCCUAAAUAAAAAGUUUAGUAGUAAAGGAAAGUCUGCGCAUGAUCAUCUAAGUGAUCCAAAGUUAAGUGCACAACCAGCUGUUGAAUCAGCUGGACCUCCAAGUAAAAAAAAGAAAGAAGAUCGUAGUAGCGAUUGGGAAAGUGAUGGGGAAGAAAAAACUCAAGAAGAAUUAGAAGCUAUAGAAAAAGAAAAAGAAGCAAUGAAAGAAAGGAUAAAAAAUAAAUUAAGAGACACAAAAAAAGACUCUAAAAAAGAAAAUUAUAAAGUAGAUGAUGAUGAAGACGAUAAAAACAUAAAAGAAGAUGAAUACUACCUUGGCAAGGACAGAGAUGAAGAACGUAAAAAAAAAGCGGAGGAAAUUAGAAAAGAAAUUCGAGAUUUGAAACGUGGUGUUCAAAAUGAAAAGAAAGCGAAAGAAGCAGAUCAGAAACUGAAACAAGCCGAAGUAGAAAAGAAAGAAAAGAAAACGGAGAUUAUGAAAGAAUAUAUAGAAACUCAAGAGAAAUAUAAAGAGGCAAAAUCGAAAUUGCCUAAAAAAGGAAAAAAUCGCGAAGACUUUACGAUGGAGUUAUUAAAUAAGUUUAAAUCUAAACUCCAAAAUGCUAAGGACACUGUAGGAGAAAACUCGCCGGUUUCAUUAAAAAAAGAAAAUAGCAAAGAGGAUGAUUUUGAUCCAACUGAUGAAUCUUGGAUGGUGCAUGCAUUACAUUGUGAAGAAAAAGCACCUGUUCUUGCCAAGGAUGCAAGCACAAAAGAUGAUGAUUGGUUUGAGAUUUAUGAUCCCCGAAAUCCGCUUAAUAAGCGACGAAGAGGAGAGAGAUCACAUAAAUUGAAAGAUGAUAAAAACAAACGACCCGAUUCUCAUCGCAAAUAAUAUGUAUUAUAAAUAAUGUUGUACUAUGAUGUGCAAGUAAUCAUAGUAUUUUUACAUUAUUUUUUGAUCAUAGAAUUGUGCAUAAAAUGUAUGUUAUAUUAAAUAUUUUUUUUUAAAUAAAAAUUAUAUAUUUACUGGAGAAGUAAAUAAUAUUUCGGAACAUGAUAAUUUUAUAGUUUAAAACUUCAAAAUUUAGUGUAUUAGUUUAGAUAGUUUAUUUUCGGUGCUAUAUGAUCGUGUUUACUGUAUUACAUUUAGAUAACUUUAAUAUUUUGAUGGCAAAGAUGGAUAACGAGAACGUUAGUGCCAUGAUUUUCUGUGUAAAUAGGCAUGUAGAUCGUAGCUUAUCCCGCACAGCAGAAUUUGAUAAGACACUGAUACAAAGCAUGACAUAUUCGUUCACUGAUUCAGUCGAUCUGUUGACAGCGAACGGUACACAUCGUAUAUUUAUAUAACUUCGCGAUUGAAUAAACGUAAUCAAGUAUUCAUUUAAUGAAUUAUACAUUUAUUUUAAAUAUUGCGGAAAAUAAGGGUGACUAAUUCUUGUAAGAAGAAAAAUUUAAAAUAUAAAUUUUAUUUACUAAUUACUGAUCAAAAGAAUUAAAAAAGGAGGAGCUAUUUUUAUUAAAAAGAUUGUUGUUGCUCUUUACAAAUUACGUACUAUAACUUGUUAAUGAAUCAUCAUCGUAUAUAAUGUGUGUUUGUGCGUGUUAUUAUUUUUAAUACUAUCCACGUGUAAUAGUUCUCAAAGUAAUAGUUCUGAGUUUCUAUGCCGCGCUUCUGCAAGGAGAAUGCCAACGACGCCAUUAAAAAUAGAUAUACUUGGUAUGCUUUAUUUCGUUCGUAUAUUUUAUCAAUCACUUUGGAAAUGUAAUAGCAAAGGCGGUAAUCGCUAUUCAUGUUGUUGAUAAUUCGUUUCAAUUCUCGCGUAGGCAUAUCUGUAUAAUAAAUAUUCAUUUCUCAGCAUAUAUUACAUAUUCAUGCCGAUGUAAAUUGCGUGUUUCAAUUAUUGUAUCUUUUGCCGUGAUACUUUGACUCUUUAGUCUUUGUCUUGCCACGUGGUAUCACGAAAUGUGUGCGUUACAAAUUACAAGUAUACAUGUAUGCAUCAUUAUAUGUAUACGCUCGAAUAGCAGAGCUUUAAACACGGCCCAUCAAAAUCGUAUCGCAUUGAUAGAUGAAUUAACUAAUUACGCAAUGACAGUAUUUAUUUAGGCUACUGUAAGUAGCCAGGAAAUGUAUUGCCCUUUGAAACGAAAUAUAACACAUUCAUUCUUCAAUUAUAUAUAUUCUUCUUUAAUGUAGCUCACAGUAGCAAUCGUAAUAGCAGCAUAAAUAAUAAUCUUCUUUCUCGCGCAAGAUACAAGUAUUAUUUUUAAAUUUCUAUCGUAGCAUAUUUCAUGCGUAUGUGUGCAUCACGAUAAAUUAGGAAUAAUUAUCGGUUCAGCAAUAUAAAUUACGAACAAUAUUUUUUGUCAUUUAGAAGAUAAUGUUUCCUAUAUUAGAAGAUGUUUUGUCAAAUUUCAUGCUUUUCUUAUUUACAAAGAUCAAUAGAUAACUCAAGUAUACAAUAGAACUCUAAUAUGGUACAAUAUAGUAUAAUACGAUUAGAAAAUUACUUAAAAAGACUCUAUAUAUGAUGGCUAAAUUAGUUUUUAUUAGAAUUUUAUUAGAAUUUAUAAUUCGAUGUAUUUACAUUACAAUGCUUUGUUGCAAAUUUGACUCAUUCACAAUUUACAACUGUAUGCGUUUCUAAAUUAAAAUCACAAUUAU